AUGGUGGUUGUGGCCAACACCUUGGGUGUCUCCCAGGCCAUAUCCACCACCUCUUCUUUUGAUUCUAUCCCAAAGAAGUUCCUUCUGAGUUGUAUCGCUCCCAGCAGCAACAACAGUAAAAACUACUCUCUUCCUCUUUCUCUUCAAUUAGUGUUCCCCGGAAGGACCCGCACCCACUUAUGCCGCUGUACCAACUACGAGACUUCAUCAUCGUCAUCCUCGUCUUCAUCUUCUUCUGUCAAUAAGUGGGAUUGGAACCGAUGGUGCCGCCAUUUCUCUGAAAUUGAACAGGCUGAGAGCUUCGUUUCUCUUCUCAAGUUUCAACUUGAAGAUGCCAUUGAAAAGGAAGACUUCCAGGAAGCAGCCAAGUUGAAGAGAACUAUAGAAGAAGCAACAUCCAAGGACAGUGUUUCUGAAAUUAUGGCUCAAUUGAAGGAUGCCAUAGAUGAUGAACGCUAUCAUGACGCUUCAAGAUUAUGUAGGAACACUGGAAGUGGGCUGGUGGGUUGGUGGGUGGGGUACUCAAAAAAUUCAGAUGACCCUUUUGGUAGAAUAAUUCAUAUAAGUCCUGGUAUGGGUAGAUUCAUUGGCAAGAGUUACAGCCCAAGACAGUUGAUUACAGCAUCCAAUGGGACGCCAGUAUUUGAAAUUUACGUGGUUAAAAAUGCUGAUGACACAUAUCACAUGCAGGUAGUGUACUUACGGCGAAACAGAGGAAAUUCAAUGAGUAAACCUCCAUCUGUACCUGCUAAAAGCCCAUCCAAACCUGAGGUUGAAAAUAUCUCUUCCGUUGAGGUAGAGGAACAUGAAGAGAAGGCUGAGCCUAAUGAUGAUAAAAACAGUAACAUUGACGGGGCCACCGAGGAGGGCAUUAAAAGUGUCAUAAAUUUUCUUAAAGAAAAAAUUCCAGGAUUGAAGGUUAAAGUUAUGAACAUCAGUGUUGAAACAGAGGCAGCAGAAAAUGAAUCUAUUAAGCAGUUGAUGGAAGAAGAUAGUAAGAAAACAAGCUCCAGCGAGAAUUCUGAAGAGGAAGAUAAUAAUCUGGACGAACCUGAUGGGGUCACUCUAGGAGGAGAUAGUGAUACCUCUGGAGAAGAAAAGGAUUUGGAUAUGAAGCUCUUUAUUGGUGGAGUCGUACACAAUGAUGAAGAUACUCCUGUUAAGGACUAUGGAACGAGAUUCUUUUGCCUUGCACAUUCCUAGGAGAAAUCUAGAUCUUGAUACAAGAGAAAGUAAAGUGUCAAAUAUCAAAGUUGCAGCUCUUGCAGCACAAGGAUUCACAGAGCUUAUGCCUCCUGAGGUUGCGAAGGCAUUUUGGACUGACAAAGUUGCUUCUAAGGUUACCAAAAACAUGCGUGAAAUUGUCAAACUUGCUAUUAGUCAAGCACAGAAAAGAAGUAGGUUAUCUGAAGAUACAUAUUUUAGUCGGAUUUCCACUCCAAGAGGGGGUUUUGAUCCUUUUGAUGGACUCUAUGUUGGUGCAUUUGGCCCUUAUGGCACGGAAGUAGUACAGUUGAGGAGAAAAUUUGGACAUUGGAAUGAUGCCGACGAUGCAAACAACCCUUCAGAUGUGGAGUUCUUUGAAUAUGUUGAGGCAGUGAAGUUGACAGGGGAUCUUAAUGUUCCUGCUGGCCAGGUGACAUUCCGUGCUAAAAUCGGCAGAGUCAACCGUAACAGCAACCGUGGAAUGUAUCCUGAUGAAUUAGGAGUGGUUGCAAGUUAUAAGGGCCAAGGGCGAAUAGCAGACUUUGGAUUUCAAAAUCCAAAAUGGGUUGAGGGAGAAUUACUCCAACUUAACGGCAAGGGCAUAGGACCAUACAUGAAAGGUGCAGAUCUUGGUUUCCUUUAUGUUGUGCCAGAGCAAAGUUUUCUGGUGCUAUUCAACCGGCUGAAACUACCAGAUUGAGCCAUGGUUCCCUCAGCCUGUCUGAUUUCUUCUCUUUUCUAUGUGAGCAGGACAUUGAGAAUUCGACUACUAUGCUAUUUUCCUUAGGUUUAUAGCUUUAUCCCUCACACACAGGCACUUGUAAUUUUUAUAGGCUCUUACUCCUUUCAUGAGUUAGCCAUUUCUUCUUCUUCCUUUAGUCAUUACUAUGAGAUUGUGUAUAUAAAUUUUGCUGAAUGACACAAUAGUGUACGACAGGAACUCUGGAAGUACCUUAUUUGACCUUUUAUGUGCAUGUGGAUUGUUGUGCCUCUGUA